AUGCAUUCGUUGAUGCUUUCAUCAAAGCUGGCCGAAGUUCUGAUCUACAGUGGAAAAACGGCAAGGAGUUUUCCACUCUGCAGAGCAUUCGUUUCAGCGUCACCAAGGCCCUUACAAGGAAAAGAAGAGGCAGAGCAAUGCCAAAAAGUGAAAGAAGCAGCUGAGGCAGUGAAGGAAGGAGCGAAGCAAGUCAAGGAAACCACCGAGUAUAUCCAAGAUGUCGCUUCCACUACGGCUGGCCGCGUUACUAAGAUGACAAAAGAUGUGACGGAAAAAGUUACUGAAACAACUGAUUCCAUCACUGAAAAAGCUAAAGGAUCUGUAUCUGGAGUUUUAGGCACAGCAAAAAAUGCUACUGAUAUCAUCAAAAACAAGAUUCUUGGCGGUGAUUAG